UUAGACUAACGCAGAAGUUUCAUUAUUCUGAAGAUUUAAAGAAUCUUUCGGAUUCUAAGCAUCUUUCAAAGAAAAGCUCUCUGCUUACUCUACAUCCAUUUCUCGACGCUCAAGGUCUUAUGCGGGUUAAUGGUAGAUUAGCUAAUGCCUCGCUUACGUACGAUGAGCGAUUUCCCAUUUUCUGGAGUUUGUCCACAAAACUCUAGUCCAUGCUGACAUAACCCUUAUGAUGAGCGCAGUAAGAAGCCAGUUCUAUAUUCCUGGUUUAAAAAGAACAGUCAAGAAAUGCGUUCAUCAUUGUCUAACCUGUGUUCGUUACAAACAACAAGUGAAAUCGCAAAUAAUGGCUGCACUGCCAAAAGAGAGAUCCACUCUCUCAUUACCGUUCUCACAUAUGGGUGUGGACUUUGCAGGUCCAUUUCAGAUCAAGUCUGGCAAUUUGCGAAAUUCACCAUAUAUGAAAGGUUACGCAUGUAUCAUUGUAUGUUUUGCUACAAGAGCCAUUCAUUUAGAAACUUGCUCUAGUUUAACAUCAGAAGCAUUUCUAGCUGCUUUUGCACGAUUUAUAGCUAGGCGAGGAUUGCCAAAAUCAGUUAUGUCGGACAAUGGUACAAAUUUCAUAGGCGCUAGUAAGUCACUGCUAAAGGACUGUUCGUUAUUUCUUAAACAAUCCUCCAAGGACAUAACCGAUAAAUAUGCAAUUAAUGGACUUGAGUGGAAGUUCAUUCCACCUAGCGCCCCGCAUAUGGGAGGUUUAUGGGAAGCUGGCGUUAAAAGCUUGAAAAUCCACUUCAGGAAAAUUGCAGGCGCACAUAAAUUUAAUUUUGAAGAGUUCUCUACUCUGCUUGCGCGAAUAGAAAGUGUUCUAAAUUCACGACUAAUAUCACCGAUUGUAAUGUACAAACGUGUAUAG